AUGAAAUAUUACAAAGAUGAAAUUCUCAAUAAAUGGUUAGCUAAAUUUAAAGACAUCGAUUUUGAAAAUAAAUUUCAUGUUGACUUGUAUUCGAAAAGAUUUAAGCUCAUCUAUUUGAUAGCUAUUUAUGUGAUAAUAUAAAGUGUCUCGCACAUGAUAUUUGUGAGUGGCUUCGACUUUUACUUUUUUAGUUCUGUAAUAGCAAGCCUUUUUUUUAUGAUAUUUAUAAAAUACACUCCUAGGAAAUAUUCUCAAUAUAUAAUAAUGCUUACUUAAAUAUAUACUACUUAUUCUAUUUGCAGUUUGAAUUAAUUGAAUACUGAUAAGAAUCGCGAGCUCUACUAUCUUAAUGGAAUUACGCAAGUUAUGUAUUGGAUAGUUGAAUGCUAGAAUUUUUUAGCUGAAUCUAUCUCUUUGCUCAUCAGUUUUGGAAUAAUCACUUACUACUAAGUAUUACCUCAUAAUUAUAGCAUAAAUUAUUUCUUUUCAAUAAUAAUUAUAUGUUUUUAUAAAUACAUUCAUAACAUUAAUGACAGAAAGCUAUAUCUUGCUCUUAAAAAUUUCUAAGAAUGGGAGCGCCUUUCAGAAAAAAUAUUACCAAAUUUAUUUAUUUUACAGUCAUUUGAUUACAGGACUCAUAGAAUGCAAGUCUAUGACUGUAAUGAAAGAGCUAAAUAGUACUAAAUAGACUAAAGCUAGGAUAAGUAUAUUUAAUUUUUAAACUAGAUGAAAAUAGAAGAAUUUUUAACAGUAGUGAACCCUAUUGACAGUUUAUUUAAGAAUUAGGGAAUCUAUACGCUCAAAGAUUAUUUGCUUAAAAAACAUGAAGAAAUUUAUAGAGUUUAUAUUGAGAGUGAUGCAAAUACUCAAACAAAAUAUCAACAAAUGAAAAGAAAAAAUUUACAAUCAAGUCCUAAUUAAACAAGUUAAAUAAAAUAUUGGAAAGAAAAUAAUGGAGGUUAAGAUUAUGUAGAAGACUUAAGUGUUUCGAUGAUAAACUAAGAAACAGAAAAGAGAGUUUGUUUUAAGGUGAAGAUUUUUGUUUUGCACAUGAAUGAACCCUUUCUAAUAAUUUGUAUGGAAGAUAUUAGUAUAUUUUAAGAGAACAAAUAUCUUAAAGAAAAACAACUGAAUCAAAUUGAUUUAAUUCAAGAAUUAGUUAAAUGUUUAGAAGAUAAAAUGUAGUAUAUAUAAUAUACAAAAUAGUAUGCAAUAAGAAACCUUUAGCGUAAAAUUAUGUAAUUCAAAAUAAUUUUGCAAUCUUUUCAACAAAAUUUCAAGCUUUUAAAUGUUUAACAAUUUUCUUUCAGUGAAGUUAUUGAUAAAAUCAAAUUGAUUUUUGUUGAUCAAAACAUAAAAAUCCUUGGCGAAUAUUCAGACUUGUUAGUUUUUUCAGAUAAAAAAUAUAUUUUUAAGUCAAUUUUUGUUAUAAUUGCUAGCUUAGGAGUAGAAAAUAUAAAUUCAAUUGAAAUAAGCUAAGUGAAAGAUAAAUUAUCAGAAAGAAUUAUUCUUAAUAUACAUGCUAAAAAUCAUGAGCAAAUAAAUGAACAAGAAAAAAGCUUUUAUUUAUUUGAUUUAAAACUAUAUCCUAAAAUAAAUUCUUUGUGCUUCAAAUACUUAAAAAAUUUAAUGAAGUUUAUCUGCUUAAGAGAUAAACCUGAUAUAACUUUAAUCGGCGAUAACUAGAUUGAAAUCUAAAUUGAAUAUUUAACUGAUAUAAGAUAAUUAAGUGAUCUUAAAUACACUUAGGAUAAACUGAUUUAGUCUCCUGCUCUAUCAAAAAAACAAACUUCUGUUAGUAUGUUGAACAUAACUAAAUCUUAAUACUUUUAAACCCAAACUAAUAACUUUAUUAGAUACACACCUAAGUAAAGUAGCCUUAAAUAUAAGUGCCCAAUUAGAGAAUAAGAAAGCGAUGAAUUUUCAGAAUAUUAAUUCAGGCUAGAUUCAAUGCAUUCUUCUCAUCUAGGCGUAAAAUUUCCUUCUAGAGAAAUAGGUACACCAAAAUUAAAAGACUAGCCAAUAGCUAACUUUGUUUAUAAUUUUAAAAAAAUUAACACUUUAUAAAACCAAAGAAAUAAUAUUAUAUGA